AUGGGCUCCUCUAAUACUCAACUCACCUCCAAGGUGACAUCUGGCUCUCCUUACCAACUUGACAAGCCACAGGUCCUCAAAGCCUCCACGGCGUUGCUUAAGCACAUCAAGUCGACCCAGCAGGAACAGGAGAAGACCGCGACUAAGAAGACUUUGAUUGGCGAUAACGAUUCUGAUGAUGAGGAUGCCGCGAUCAAGAACGAGGCCGUCUGGCUCGUCCUCACCACCAAGCAGCAUGUGGUCGACAAGAACCGCCUGAAGCCUGGCAAGAUUGCCAUUCCGCAUUCGCUCAACACAUCCCCCUCUCUCAGCAUUUGCUUGAUCACUGCCGAUCCCCAGCGAGGCGUCAAGGACAUCAUCGCCGACUCCACAUUCCCUCAAGAACUUUCCUCCCGCAUCGAAAAAGUCAUUGGUUUCUCGAAGCUCAAGGCCCGUUACCAGAGCUUCGAGAGCCGUCGCCAAUUGUUUGCUGAGCACGAUGUUUUCCUGGCCGAUGACCGCAUCGCCAUGCGCCUGGUUCAGACCCUCGGAAAGAUCUUCUACAAGUCCAGCAAGCGCCCCAUUCCCAUCCGCAUCGCCGAGAUUGAGAAGGUCGAUGGAAAGCGGGUCAAGAAGGAGAAGAAGAGGCCCAAUGUGCCCACCGACAAGGACGUUAAGCACGCUUCUUUCGCCUCUCCUCUGAUUGUUGCCAAGGAGAUUGAGCGUACUCUGAACUGUGCUUCCGUGCAGCUCGCCCCAUCCACCACAGCCGCCGUUCGCGUUGGAUCAUCUAAAUUGACCCCCGAGCAGCUGUCCGAGAAUGUUGCGGCGGUUGUAAAGGGAUUGACUGACAAGUUCGUGGCGAAGGGAUGGAGAAACAUCAAGGCGUUGCACAUCAAGGGCGCAAACACCAUGGCUUUGCCCAUUUGGCUCGCUGACGAACUCUGGGUUGAGGAUUCCAACGUUCUGGAGGCUGCCCCGGAGACCGACGCCGGCAACUUCCCCAAGAAGCGUAAGGCUGCCACCGAGGGCAAGCUGCUCGAGGAGAAGAAGACCAAGAAGACCAAGUCUGCGGACGAUGAGGAGGAGGCUGCCGCUGUGGCUGCGCGGAAGGAGAAGCUCCAACAGCUCAAGUCCAAGGCUCUCGAGGACGGUGAAACAAACAAAACCGAGGCUCCCAAGGCCGGUGGCAAGAAGAAGAGAAAGUCGACUUCAUGA